AUGGAUGUAAACAACACAGUGAGAUGGAACAUCUUACUAAAGAAUUCUAUGAAACCUCUAAUUGUUGGACACCGUGGCAUGGGAACAAGUGUGGAAGGGGGAAUUUCCCAUUAUAUCGAAAAUUCAGUUGAAUCUUUUCUCAAAUCAUUACAAGUUGGCUGCGAUGGAGUUGAAAUGGAUUUAUUUUUGACUGGCGAUAAUCAACUUGCCGUAAUCCAUUGUAAAAAUGAGGAAGGUGAUAUAUCCGCAAAUGUUCAGGAUAAACAUGGGCCAAUUGAAGAAUAUGUUGGCGACCUAUCUUGUUUAUCUUUAAAAUUACCAGAAUCAAUAUCCAACUAUGAUCAUCUGACGAACAAAACUCCGACGGUACAGACACUAACUGAGAUACUUGAUAACAUAUCCAAACAAAUUUCCAGCGACAAAGCCUUUGUAAAUAUUGAGCUGAAGGGCAAAAAAAAACAAAUAGGUCCACAAGUACUAGAGGUACUAAACAAAUACCAACUGCCAUUUUUGAUAUCUAGCUUCAACUAUGAGUUUACUGAGAUGGAAGGUACAUUAAAAGAGUUUACACCUAAAACCGAUAUUUUGAUUGAUAUAAUUGGAAAUAAAGAAGGGAUUCCUUUGGGCCUGCUAGUAGCCCAUUAUGAAGGGAUGAUAUACCUGAAGUUGGAUACUUUAUUGCAACUAUCACACAAAUACCAAGCAAAAUGGUUAAUUUUGGACCAAAACGUUCAAAUCAUCUGUCCAGAAACUAAUAAACCCGUGAAGAUAUCAUCAAUUGCAGCUAAAAAAUUCAUAAGUAAAAUUCACAGCAACCAACUUUACAUAGCAAUAUACAUGUCUGACCAUGAAGACGAUCAUGAAACUAUUAUGGAUUGCUGUACCAAUGGAAUGGACAUGCUUAUAGUCAACGAAGUUGUCAAAGCAAUUGAAAUAAGACAGGCUGUGUAUGAUAGCAAAACUAACAUCUACUUUUAA